CUUCUUCUUCUUCUUCUUGAGUUCUUACAAGAUUGGAUCAUAUUCAUGUUCUUCAUCUUCUUCCACAUUUGAUUUCUCCAAUUUCAAUUUUGAAGCUCAAACCAUGGCAUCCAUGGCUUCCUUCAUCUUCCUCCGCAGAAAGCUCACCACAACAACCACAAUCCCCUCCUCCUUCCACCUCGUCACCACGCGAACCUUCUCUUCCUCUUCAACUUCAUCCCGCUAUGUUCUAGAACCUUCUUCUCGUUCGAAGCGCAUCGAGAAGGUUCUGAUAGCCAACAGAGGCGAAAUAGCCUGCAGGAUCAUUAGGACAGCUAAGAGGCUCGGGAUUCGAACCGUUGCCAUUUACAGCGACGCCGAUAAGGACGCCCUACAUGUUGCCAAAGCCGACGAGGCUUUUCGGGUGGGCCCGGCCCAGGCCCGUUUCAGCUACCUCAAUGGGCCCACUAUUGUUGAUGCUGCCCUUCGGUCUGGUGCCCAGGCUAUUCACCCUGGAUAUGGAUUCUUGUCCGAAAGUGCCGACUUUGCACAGCUUUGUGAAGAUAAGGGUCUUACAUUUAUAGGCCCUCCUGCGUCUGCCAUACGGGAUAUGGGUGACAAGAGUGCAUCAAAGAGAAUAAUGGGGGCUGCUGGGGUACCCCUUGUGCCUGGAUAUCACGGAAAUGAACAAGAUAUUGAUAAAAUGAAGUUGGAAGCUGACAAAAUAGGGUAUCCAAUCUUGAUAAAGCCAACCCAUGGAGGUGGAGGAAAGGGUAUGAGGAUUGUGCAUACUCCAGAUGAAUUUGUUGAAUCAUUCUUAGCAGCACAACGUGAAGCUGCUGCUUCCUUUGGCGUCAACACGAUAUUACUAGAGAAGUAUAUCACACGGCCAAGGCACAUAGAAGUCCAGAUAUUUGGAGACAAGCAUGGGAAUGUUGUGCAUUUAUACGAGAGAGAUUGCAGUGUGCAGAGAAGACAUCAAAAGAUAAUUGAAGAAGCUCCAGCCCCAAAUGUUUCUACUGAUUUUCGUGCACACUUGGGAGAAGCUGCUGUUUCUGCAGCAAAGGCAGUUAAUUAUUACAAUGCUGGGACUGUGGAGUUUAUAGUUGAUACAGUCUCUGGUCAGUUUUACUUUAUGGAGAUGAAUACCCGUCUUCAGGUUGAGCAUCCUGUCACCGAGAUGAUUGUUGGUCAAGAUCUUGUCGAAUGGCAAAUUCAUGUUGCCAAUGGAGAAGUCCUUCCGUUGAGUCAAUCACAAAUACCUAUUUUAGGUCAUGCCUUUGAAGCUCGAAUCUAUGCUGAAAAUGUUCCAAAGGGUUUUCUUCCAGCCACUGGUGUUCUGCAUCAUUAUCACGUUCCAGACUCAUCUGCUGUCCGGGUGGAGACUGGAGUUAAAGAAGGAGACACUGUUAGCAUGCACUAUGAUCCAAUGAUUGCUAAGCUUGUGGUGUGGGAACAAAAUCGUGCUGCAGCCUUGGUCAAACUGAAGGAUUGUUUGUCUAAGUUUCAGGUUGCAGGUUUACCAACCAAUAUCAACUUUCUUCAAAAGCUAGCGAAUCACCAGGCAUUUGAAUGUGGCAAUGUGGAGACUCAUUUCAUUGAAAACUACAAAGAUGACCUCUUUGUUGAUUCUACCAAUUCAAAAGAAGCAUAUGAAGCUGCCAGACUCAGUGCAUCACUUGUGGCUGCAUGUCUCAUUGAGAAAGAACAUUUCACAUUAGCAAGAAACCCUCCUGGCGGCGGCAGCUUGCACCCUAUAUGGUAUGCUUCUCCACCUUUUAGAGUCCACCAUCAAGCUAAGCGUACAAUGGAACUUGAGUGGGAUAACGAAUAUGGUAGUGGUAUCUCAAAGAUCUUGAAGCUUACCAUCACUCAUCAGGCUGACGGAAAAUAUCUGAUUGAGACAGAAGAUGGAUCUCCUGUUCAUGAAGUUAAAGCAACAUAUGUAAAACAACACUCUUUUAGAGUUGAAGCUGAUGGUGUAACCAAUGAUGUCAAUAUAGCUGUUUACACAAAGGACCAAAUAAGGCAUAUCCAUAUUUGGCAAGGGUCCCAUCAUCAUUAUUUUAGAGAGAAGCUAGGUCUUGAUUUGUCCGAGGACGAAGAGUCCCAACAUAAACCCAAAUUUGAGACAUCAGCCCACCCUCAAGGGACUGUAGUGGCACCCAUGGCAGGCUUGGUGGUUAAGGUUUUAGUGACCGACAAGACAAGAGUCGAGGAGGGACAACCUGUCAUAGUGUUAGAAGCAAUGAAGAUGGAGCAUGUUGUAAAGGCACCAUCAUCUGGUUUUGUGCAUGGGCUUCAAGCUAAAGUUGGUGAACAGGUUUCUGAUGGCAGUGUUCUUUUCAGCGUAAAGGAUCAAUAAAACCACAGAGUUGGUAACGCCUUUUCGCCAAGAUUUCGAUGAGGGGGCCUUGAUGGAUGGCUGAAAGUGUAAAUUAGUUGUUGGAUCUCACUACAUUGAUGAACAACCAACAUCUUGAAGCUUGAAGUUGAUUACUUGUUACACAAUCUUUGUAACUUGUAUCCUAGAGUUACAAGGGAUGAUGUAUACUUUACAAUAAUGCAAGUAAUUCUUCAAACCAUUAAUAACAAAGCUAGAAAUCGCUUCAGUUAAAA